AUGCAUCUGAGCUACGUCAUCGCUGUCGUGGCGUCCGUCGGCGCUACAGUCAGUGCGAUCUCCGGUUUACAGCCUUUCAAGCCAUCAUCUGUCGUCACCACUGACGCAGCACAGUCGGAAUCGGUCAUGACCACCCCAACAGAUCCUGGAUCCAGCACGAGGUCAUUACGCGUACAGGAGCAGGAAGGCAACACGGAAAAUGAUGACGCUGCCACAGAUCUCGAUGACUCUGAGCAGAGAAUUAACGGCAACGAGGAAAACGGUGACGCUGCCGCAGAUCUCGAUGACUCUGAGGAGAGAUUUUACGGCACCUUUCUCAAUACUGUGGGUGUUAAUCUCAAGAACCACCUCGGAUUUGGUGCUACGGGUCCCAGCUCAGCACAGGCUGCACUCCAAAAGCAGCCGGAACUCUUAGCGAAAGCGAACACACUGACGAUGAAAACUGGUGCACAAGCUGAGCCGCUGUCCAUGCAACACGCUGCAAACGUAGCCCCCGCUAUGAAGAAAGCUGGCCUCGAGCGCAUCAAGACCGACAAAUACCUAAACGAGCUGUUUCAGGGGUCAAAGGCCGCGAAGGGGCUAAAGGGGCAAACGCGUGAAGCGAUAUUGCAAGAGCGGCUGCUAGCGCGCUAUCGAAAUCUUUUCGAUGAAAAGGAUAUGACGGCAGAUAAAUUUCGGGCUACUUUAACACGCGGUAGUCCGAUGACUGAUGAGGCGGAUGGCGCAGUAGACAUCAUCUACUCAAGGCUUGUCAUUGAUCGGCUGCGCAAAACCUUGAGACAGUAUAGUGUUGAACCGGCCGUAAGUACACAGAGCAAGGAAACCUGGAAACUGAUCGAAGGGAACCCGAUCGCUCUUACGCAUUUCGGACGUCUCAUGGACGACACGACCAAACUUGACGACGUCAUCCGCGAGCUGGGAAAAGUGAAAGGUGGGGAGGAAGCCGCAAAGCUCAUCCUCAAGGCUGUUUCCAUCGUUGAUGUGUACAACCUGAAGAAGCUCGAACAUCUGAAACUUGUCGAUAACAUUGCGGCAAAAAGAAAGGUAACGGUUUCUGAUUGGGUUGACAAGAAGACGAAGCAGUUUGAUUUGGGGACGUGGAAUUUGCAGAAGAUGAAGGCGGAAGCCAACAUAAAUGCUAAGACGGAGCGGGACGAUAUCAAGUACGAUAUGCUAAACGGGCUAAUUAAGGCCCGCUUAAGCACCGGCACGAUGAAGAAAGGCACUUCGUUCGAUCCGCAAACUGAAGUUACCAAUGUCAUCAGCCUACUUGAAAAGAACGAGUUUGCUCAGAGGUUCCUCCCAGAAGUCGUGGGAGGCAAAAACAAGGAGCAGCUCGACAAGUUGCUGCACGUCAGAAAUCCAAACCCCGACGCAGCGAAGCGUGCUGAAAUAGAGGAGACUUCGAAGUUGAUCGGGCGCAUUCGUGAAUUGAGCAAGAAUAUGAAGUUCUAG